AAAUUGAACUCCCGAUGUCGAAGUCGUAGAAGUUCUGAUUUUAAUUAUACGUGUUGGGAAAUAAAAAUGCUAUAAGAAAAUAUAAAAUUAAUCUUAAUUUUUAAAAUAAAUAACUAAAGUAAUAUUAAAAGAAUUACUUAAUUCAAUUUUUUUCAAAAUGAAAACACAUCUGUAGCACACUUUUGGAAAACAUACUAUAAAGAAAUGAACAUUACACGUCAAUGCUCCCGUUAUUUAGCUACAAGGCCGCGAGUUAGUGACUCAUUGUCCACUUCGGGAUUUUGUUUAUAUUGAAGCUUCGUCAACGACCGGAGAAGUUAAAGCGACCGAGCUCCGAUCCCGAGACAGGUUAUGGAUUUCACUAUUCUGAAGAAAGCAGUUGAUGAAGCUGUGCUGGUUGAUGCUCACGCCCACAAUCUGGUAGCUGCUGAUUCCACUUUCCCUUUCAUCAACUGUUUCUCCGAAGCUCACGGCGACGCAGCGGCUCAUGUUCCUCAUUCUCUCUCCUUCAAGAGGAGCUUGAGGGAUAUUGUUGAACUUUAUGAUUGUCAACCUACCUUGCAUGGGGUUGAGGACUACCGCAAAUCUUCGGGAUUAGAUUCCAUUUGCUCAACAUGUUUCAAAGCUGCAAGAAUAUCUGCCGUACUCAUUGAUGAUGGACUAGUGUUGGACAAAAAGCAUAACAUAGAUUGGCACAAAAAAUUUGUUCCAGUUGUCGGUAGAAUAUUGAGAAUCGAGCGUUUAGCAGAGAACAUUCUUGAUGAAGAGUUUCAAGGUGGAUCUUCUUGGACACUGGAUGCAUUCACAGAAACAUUUCUUCAGAAGUUGAAAUCAUUGGCCCAUGACAUCUAUGCGCUGAAAAGUAUAGCAGCUUAUCGCAGUGGUCUUCAAAUCAAUGUGAACGUCUCGAGGAAAGACGCUGAGGAAGGUCUCAUUGACGUUUUACAAGGUGGAAAACCUGUUCGAAUAGUGAACAAAAGCCUUAUUGACUAUAUAUUCGUUCAUAGUUUGGAAGUUGCUCAACACUUCAACUUGCCAAUGCAGAUACAUACUGGAUUUGGAGACAAAGAUCUAGAUUUGCGGCUGACCAAUCCUCUUCAUCUUCGGACUGUUCUGGAGGAUAAAAGGUUUUCCAAGUGUCACAUAGUCUUGUUACAUGCAUCCUACCCAUUCUCAAAGGAAGCAUCAUAUCUUGCUUCUGUUUAUCCUCAGAUCUACCUUGAUUUUGGAUUGGCAAUUCCUAAGCUUAGUGUCCAUGGGAUGAUAUCUGCACUCAAGGAACUGUUAGAGCUUGCUCCUAUUAAAAAGGUGAUGUUCAGCACAGAUGGAUAUGCCUUUCCUGAAACCUACUAUUUAGGUGCAAAGAAAUCUAGGGAUGUUGUCUUAUCUGUUCUACGGGAUGCUUGUAUUGAUGGCGAUCUCUCAAUUUCUGAGGCUGUUGAAGCUGUGAAUGAUAUGUUUACACGAAACGCCGUACAAUUGUACAAGAUGAAUCUGACGAUAGAGAGUUUCAUGCCAAAUAGUUCGGCGGUUUCUAUUCCUUUGAUGAAGACCAACGUUGUGCAAGAGGAUGUCAAGUUUGUUCGGAUCAUUUGGGUUGAUGGUUCAGGACAACAGAGAUGCCGUGCUGUUCCCUUUAAGCGGUUCAAUGAUGUCGUUAAAAGGAAUGGGGUUGGUUUAGCUUGUGCUGCCAUGGGAAUGUGUUCUUUUGCUGAUUGUACAGCUAAAGGUAGUAAUCUUAGUGGUGUGGGUGAGAUCAGGCUGCUGCCAGACUUGUCAACCAGAGUGGCGGUUCCUUGGAACAAACAGGAGGAGAUGGUUUUGGGUGACAUGCAAGUUAGACCCGGGGAAGCUUGGGAAUACUGUCCUAGGGAAGCCUUACGUAGGGUCUGUAGAAUUCUGAAAGAUGAAUUUGACCUGGUAUUGAACGCAGGAUUUGAAAACGAGUUUUUCCUAUUGAAAAAGGCAGUUAGGCAUGGAGAAGAAGAUUGGGUGCCAUUUGAUUCAGUACCCUACUGUUCUACAUCGUCAUAUGAUGCUGCCUCUCCUUUUCUUCAUGAAGUAGUUGAUUCCUUGAGCUCAUUGAAUAUCACUGUGGAACAGGUGCACGCAGAAGCUGGGAAAGGCCAAUUUGAGUUUCCUUUAGGACAUACUGUUUGUCUCAAUGCUGCUGACAACUUAGUUUACACACGGGAAGUUAUUAGGGCUACUGCAAGGAAGCAUGGACUGUUGGCAACAUUUAUUCCCAAGUUUGAUCUGGAUGAUAUUGGUUCUGGCUCCCAUGUGCAUGUCAGCUUGUGGCAGAAUGGUAAAAAUGUUUUCAUGGCAUCUGAUGGAUCUUCUAAACAUGGAAUGUCAGCAAUUGGGGAAAAGUUCAUGGCAGGGGUUUUACACCAUAUCUCAUCAAUUUUGGCAUUUACAGCUCCAGUUCCAAACAGUUAUGAUCGUUUACAACCCAAUAUGUGGAGCGGAGCCUAUCAAUGUUGGGGAAAAGAAAACAGAGAAUCUCCACUUAGAACGGCUUGUCCACCUGGAAUUUCGGAUGGUUUAGUGAGUAACUUUGAGAUCAAAUGUUUUGAUGGUUGUGCAAAUCCACACUUGGGUAUGGCUGCUAUUGUUGCUGCUGGACUAGAUGGCCUUCGGAACAAUCUUCAAUUGCCUGAACCUGCUGAUACAAAUCCAUUUAGCCUUGGUUCAAAGUUCCAAAGGUUGCCACAAUCACUUUCUGAAUCUGUAGAAGCUCUGGAAAAGGACAAUAUCUUGACGGAUCUUAUAGGUGAAAAGUUGGUGGUUGCCAUAAAGGCCAUUCGCAAGGCGGAAGAGAAAUACUACUCGGAGCAUCCGGAUGCCUACAAGCAACUUAUACAUAGGUACUAAGGAGCAACUUAUACACCACACCGUUAUAUAUUAGAAAUUCAGGUGUGGGGGGAGAUGUUCUCAAAAGGUUUGUAAUAAGGGUCUGAUUUUGGCCCAACUCUCUUUGCGGUACAGGUCUCAAUUCCUUUUUCUAGUGAAAUCUUCUUGUAGGCUUAGGAUUUUGUUUUCGUUGAAUCUAGGCCUACCGGUCUCAAACUCAUUUCCACGUGUAUUAGUAGGUGGUUUAUCUUCAUGUUUCAAUAAAAAGCGUUGUAUCAGUUUAUAUUUGCCAAGAGAAUGGAUAGAUGAGAUGUCGAAGAAUUGUUGAAUAAAGGGAGAUGAAACGCGACCAUUUUGAAGAAA